UCUGCGCGUGUGCGGCCCCGCCCACGCCCACCCUCUUCCGCCCGGAAGUUCCGGAGCCCGGUGCUCUGGGGACGGGGGAAGCGCUGGGCUGGAUGCCGUGCCCCUGGAGCUAACGUGUGGAGAACUUUGGACAGGAGAAUCUGGGAUGUAGGAGCAACCCAGGCCAGUCCUUUCAUGACUCCGCUCCAUUCACCUUCUCUUCCAGCUCUGUUUCCAGAGUCCUCUGUGUGUUUCUAAGAGCAACGGAAAAUGGAUACAUCUUUGGGGUUGGUGUCAUUUGAGGAUGUGGCUGUGCACUUCACCUGGGAGGAGUGGCAGGACCUGGAUGAUGCCCAGAGGACCCUGUACAAAGACGUGAUGCUGGAGACCUACAGUAGCCUAGCGUCAUUGGGGCAUUGCAUCACCAAACCUGAGGUGAUCGUCAAGUUGGAGCAAGACGCAGAACCGUGGACUGUAGAAGCACCCCCAAACCAGAACCUCCCAGAUGUGCAGACUGUGGGUGACCUGAUGGAGACCAGCCAGGAAAAUUACGGCAGACGUUUGUGGCAAGCUGUAAUCACCAACAGCAAAACAUCAACUAAGGAGAGAACUGACUUAGGAAAAACGUGUAAUCUGAGCUCAAUCUGUAUUUCAAAACUGAUUAUAAAUAGUGGAAACUGUUCAGGAAUGAAGCCAGAGGAGUUUAAUGCGUUUGAGAACACCUUUCUCCGUAGUGCGCCUGAUGAGAUGCCUGCUGGAGAGAAAGCUGAGGACUGUCCUGUGACCGGGGAAUCCCUCAGAUGUGCUGAGCGUCCUAGUCAUCCUCAGGAGACUCAAACUGUGCAGCAGGCUUCCGCAUUUAGUGGACGAGGGAGAGGCUUCAACAAGGAGGCAGUAGUCCUUACACAUAGGAGGGCUCGCAUGGGAGGCACUGCCUGUAGAUAUAAUGGACACUGGCAAGCCUGUGAUGAGUCAGCUCUCAUUGCCCAAGAGAGACGUCACGUAGGGGAGGAUCGCGAUCGAUGUAACGAAUGGGGGAAGACCGUUUGUGAGAAACCAACACAACUGAGUCUUCACAGAGCUGAUUUCAAGGAGCAACACCAUAAAUAUAAUCAAAGUGGGAAUAAUUUUAGCAAGAACUUACAGUUCACUCAGCUUCAGAGAAUUCAGUUAGGAGAAAAAACUUUUCAAUGUAAUGUAUGUGGUAAAACUUUCUAUAAGAAGUCUAAUCUCACUAAACAUCAGAAAAUACACACAGGAGAGAAACCCUAUAAAUGUAGUGAAUGUGAGAAAACCUUUAUUAGCAAAACGGUCCUUACAAUACAUCAGAGAACUCAUACAGGGGAGAAACCCUAUGCAUGUGAUGAAUGUGACAAAUCUUUCUGCCAUAAAUCACACCUAACUGUUCAUCAGAGAAUCCACACAGGGGAAAAACCCUAUGAAUGUUAUGAAUGUGGGAAAUCCUUCUUUGUGAAAACAAAACUCACUGUACAUCUGAGAACACACACAGGGGAGAAACCUUAUGAAUGUAAAGAAUGUGGAAAAACCUUCUAUGAGAAGUCAGCUCUCACAGUACAUCAGAGAACUCACACAGGAGAGAAACUGCAUGAAUGUCAAGAAUGUAGGAAAACUUUCUGUGGGAGGUCAGCCCUCACUGUACAUCAGAGAACUCACACAGGAGAGAAACCCUACGAAUGUAAAGAAUGUUGGAAAAGUUUCUGUCGGAGGUCAGCCCUCACUGUACAUCAGAGAACUCACACGGGAGAGAAGCCCUAUGAAUGUAACCAAUGUGGAAAAACCUUUUGCCAGAAAUCACACCUCAGCAAACAUCUGAGAACUCACACAGGAGAGAAAUCACGUGUAGUAGACGCUGGCAGUGUGUUCUCCAAGACCCACUUUCUAUUUCUCUUGGCACACCGUUAGUCUUUUUCUCAGCUUCCAUUUUCUAUGGGUGGGACCAUGUAACUGAGCUCUGGUCAGUGGAACAUACACACAAGUGAUGAGCAUUAAUUCAGGUCUCUUCCACACACAGAAAAAAGCUUACAUGCUGUCCUCUCUGAUAUCUCAUGCCUGUGAUUGUGAAGGGCAGGUGACACCUAUGGUGGCCUCAGGAACCAUAGGCAGAAGAUGGUAAGUGACUUGAGACAGAAGUUCUACCCCCAAAUCUCCAUUUGUAAGUUAGGGGAGUGAGACAGAAAUACGCUGUGGAGCCGAGGCUUCUGUUAUCUGUGUGCACUGCAACCUAACACUACUGUAGCUUGUUCACUUUGUCAAUGUUGGAGAGGAUUCUGGGAGAGGUUCCCAGUCCUUGGAUAUCAGAAAAUUCACACAGUAGAGAAACCUGUGCUAUGUUCUUUCAUCCCCUAGUCUUUAUAGAAAAAUCAGUGCAGUCAUUUGGGAAAAGCAACACAACAAAUUUGGGGAUGCCUUUAUCAGAGGAUCUUGUGAACACUGAAAACACAGUAUCUUUAAGGUGUCAAGGUUUUCAACAAAGCUACAACUUUUUUAUGGAUCAGAAUUUGUAAAGGGAAAACUAUCGAUUUAGGUAGUAAGGGUGAAGAUUUUCAAGUAGAAACAUUAAAUGUAUUAUUGAAAUAUUUUUAAAAAACGAUUACAUAUCCAUGGUUAUCUGCUGGUGGUGAUAUUUGACAAUCUGGAGAUGUCUUUGGUUGCCAUAACUUGGGACUGGGAGCACUACUGGCCUCUAAUGGCUGGAGGCCAGAGAUGCUGCUCAACAGCCAGCAGUGCACCAAGCAGCCUCCACAGCGAAGAGUGAAUAGGCCACAAUACUAAUAGUGCCAGAGCUGAAAAAUCCUGCUCUAGAACUGUUCCCUGUGCCUAUUGUGUUUAUGCACAAAAUUUGAACUAUUCCCAAUGGUACACAUGAGGCAUGUUGGGUUUCUGUGUAUGAGCAUUCUAUGUUAACAGAAGUUUUGCUUAAUGGAACCCAGUGUAAUUGUGUGUAGGGAGUAUAUACCCUUAGUAAGUAUUGUGACUUACAUUAGGGUUUUCCAUAUCAAAUUUCACUCUUAACCUCUUAUAUGUUGGUAAAUACGUUGUCUAAAUUAUUGUACUACAUGGUUUUUUCUACUCCUAGUAUGUAAAUUUGUAUGAAAUUAUUACUAAAGUGUCUCAAGUAAAGCAGAUCUCUUUUCUAAAGUUUUUAGCUAACAGCCAGCCAGUGGCACUGUUAGAAACAUCAUUUACAUAGAAAUACAGAAAUCAGAUAUUUAAUUGUUAACUUAAA